AUGAGUUCCCUUUCGAAACGGGUCAAGACGUUUGAUGCAUUCCCCAAAGUUGAUCCCCAGCACCAAGUAAGGUCUGAAAGAGGUGGGCUUUCAACACUUUUAACUUACUUUUUCGGUUUGCUUAUUCUCUGGGUUGAGGUUGGUGGCUUUAUUGGAGGAUAUGUCGAUAGACAAUUUGAGGUUGAUAGGGUUGUGCGAUCUGAUUUAUCAAUCAACGUGGAUAUGAUUGUUGCAAUGCCUUGUGAAUUUAUCCAUACCAAUGUCGAAGACAUUACUCGAGAUCGAUUCUUAGCUGGAGAAACGUUAAACUUUGAAGGGAUCCAUUUUUUUAUUCCGCAAAAUUUCAAGAUCAACAACCCAAAUGAUUUCCACGAGACUCCUGAUUUGGACGAAGUGAUGCAGGAAAGUUUGAGAGCUGAGUUUAGGCAAGGUGGACAAAGAAUCAAUGAGGGAGCACCGGCAUGUCAUAUUUUUGGCUCAAUUCCAGUAAAUCAAGUUAAAGGCGAUUUCAGAAUUACUGGCAAAGGGUUUGGUUAUAGUGAUAGACUGCACGUUCCGCUUGCAGCAUUGAACUUUACACAUGUUAUUCAAGAGUUUUCUUAUGGAGAAUUUUUCCCAUUUUUGAAUAAUCCACUCGAUGCCACAGGAAAAGUUACUGAAGAAAAGUUACAGGCUUAUAUUUACAAUGCCCAAGUGGUGCCAACAUUGUAUGAAAAAUUGGGUUUGGAAGUGGAUACAAAUCAAUACUCUUUAACUGAAAACCAUCAUGUAAUCAAACUAGACGAGAUUAGCAACCGACCCCAAGGCGUUCCUGGGAUUUAUUUCAGGUACGAGUUUGAGCCUAUAAAAUUGACGAUUAGAGAAAAACGAAUUCCGUUUUUCCAAUUCGUAGCCAGAUUAGGUACCAUAUGCGGAGGUUUACUUGUUGCUGCGGGAUAUUUAUUUAAAUUGUAUGAAAAGCUCUUGGUUCUAUUAUUUGGAAGAAAGUAUGCUGAGAGGGGAAAAGAAAAAAAAGAUGGAGGUAUAUUAAAUCAAGGCAUUCUGAAAAUGACUGAUGAAUGA